AUGCAUUUCAUCGCUCUUGCCUCUGCUAUCCUCGCGAUGGGCGUCUCUGCAACUCCUACUCCGGCCACUCCGGCAAAUACACGAUAUGUUCAACUUCGUCUUUACGGAGAGUCCGGGUGCUCGGCGGAGAAUCUGGGGGAGCUUGGUGUUUACGGGGACUACGUUAAUAGUUGCCAAUCGUUCGGUGAUAAUGUGGUCAACUCUGUGAGUUUUGAGUAUGCUAUUAAUAACUGCUCUGUGCGUCUUUUCAAUGAUGCUACUUGCAAUUCUGAUGGACAGGAUAUUGCGCUGCAUACUUGUCUUGGUGGAGAUGGGGAAUUCCACAGUUAUGAGGUUCUUUGCAGUGAGCUUUGA